AUGCCACGAAAGAAGAAGCCUGGGGCUCCACCACCCAAGACUAGAAGCCGGAAUGGAUGCAACCCAUGCAAAGCUAGGAAAGUCAAAUGUGACGAGAGGAGGCCGCAUUGUUUGAACUGUGAACAACAGAAUUCCAAAUGCAAUUAUGACAGAAUACUUAAGUGGGGAAACGAGGUUGGACCCUAUAACUCGACGAUACCCAGGGGGAAACGGCAGUCAGACGGCGAUGCGGUGCUACCGGACUUCUCUGCCAGACAGAUAGUCUUUGGGCAUAGCUCAGCAGAUAGAAAUAUACCCAAGGAUCCGCGUCCCCCAUAUCCCGUAGAAGAAUCACCUGCGGGACCCAAUGGGCCAACACACCGGAGUCUUCCGUUAUUCAAAAGACCCAACAGCUCUGACCGUCCUUCGAGCGCAGGCAAUCAUCAAUCUAUACCUCCGCCGCCUGCUAGAGAACCGUACGUACCACUUGAUCCUGCGUUGAGUAGAGAAGGCGUCGCUCCGUUUUUGCCUAUUCCUGGCAAUGGCCAUCGAUACCCUCAAUCAUUUGAAAGCUACAGACCAGCUGUGCACGAAAUGAGGAUAUGUUUGCCUGAACCAGGCCCAGCAGUAUCUUGGAUGCGCGAAACAGCCAAUGAAGACCCAUCGAUAUCGACCCCCAAUGAUCACGAUUUGAGAAGCCCAAGCGUUGGCACUUUCUCAAACCGAAGCACCACAUUGAAUGUCGACAGCCCAGCCUCUACGCCUCCGUUAUUCAUCGGCGCAAGAGAUGAUAUACCAGAUAUCUGGAGUCAUGACAGACCACUGAAGCGCAUGCGUGCUCGAUACGGGCAUGAUGCAGGCCCUUCCUAUGACCUGUCAAUGCCACCACCAAAUUCUGGCAGCUUCACUCCUCACCAUCCCGAGUUUUUGUCGACGUCUUAUUACAACUCAGGAUCCACCAGUAAUCCGCUUACCCCAGCUUCGGACACUGGCGACGACGGCUACAGACCAUACUCUUCACGAUCCCCCCAUCUUUCGCAGGAUUCGCCUGAUUUACGACGGUUAUCCGUCAACUCCCUUCUUUCAGGGCCCCCAGGAAUUCCUGCUCCGACGAGCAAUCCGGAGGUACGAGACUGGUCCGUUGAGUACCAGGAUACUUGGUCAGACUCCGUGAUUUAUGGCAUCGAUCGAGGGCUCAAAGACCUUGAUAUCAGAAGAAAUGACGAUAUGAACGCGAUCUCUGGGUCAUCCCCGGUAACGUCUAGGGACCAGUUCGAGUAUACCGUUGAAGACGACGGAUAUGCAGAGUUUGGAUUCGGCAUGGAAACCAACAAUUCUGCAUUCGCUAGUGGGAGCUACUACGACAAACCAGUCACCAUCAGCAUUCCGAUAUUUCACGGGGUGUUGCCGAGCAAGCUGAAAGAGAAUCCUAUGAACAUUUUAUACUUUCAUCACUUCAUCAACCACACGGCAGGCUGUCUAGUCCCGCAUAACUGCUCUUCCAAUCCUUUCAAGAGCAUCCUACCACAAAUGGCACUUCAAGACGAUAAUUUACUCAACCUUCUCUUAGCAUACUCAGCUCUACACAGAGCUCGUCUGCUUCGUCAACCUGAACCCGAGCUUCGGAUCGCCCUAUGGGUCCAGGACAUCUUUCCAAAUCUCCGGAGAGCCCUUGAUGAACCGGAUCAGAUCAUCACCAACGCAAAUCUUGCUACAGCAAUAAUGCUGGCAUCUCUCGAAAUCAUUUCUCCGAGAGCCUUCGGUGUCGAAGUCCCGUGGCAGAACCAUCUUGACACAGCUCGGCAGAUGAUUGCUGCAAGAGGGGGGCCACAGAACGUCCAGACGGCAUCACGUGGAGACACGGUUCUGUCAUUUCUCUGGAGUUGGUUCGCAUAUCUGGAUGUUCUAGGUAGUCUGAGUGGUGUAAAAGCCAACUCGUCAACACUAUCCUGGGUCUUGGACGUCGAAAUCGAUGACCAAGAUGAGUACCAAAUCGACUGUAUUCUCGGCUUUACGAGUAAAUGCGUUCGACUUUUGGCACGCGUCGCCGAACUCUCUCGGAUGUGUGACAGCGAAAGGAUCGACUCAAACCAUGAGAUAAUAGCGGACUGGGAACCUUCCCAAGACAUGGUCGACCGUGCAGAAAAGCUCGAAGACGAACUCAUAGAAUCGCGAGGACAUCCCUCGAAAUCCUGCACUCAUAUGCAAAGCUCUGGAGAAGCAGCGUUCCGAUGGGACAGGGUCGAGAUGACUGCGACUAACGAGGCAUUCCACUGGGCUGGCUUGGUCCAUCUGCACCGGAGAAUACUCGGCAAGGACUCAACGCACCGUGACGUCCAGACAGCCGUUACCGAAAUAUUCGGGGCGUUAAAUAAAGUCCGGAGAGGAAGCAGCGCAGAAGCAUGCCUCCUCUUUCCGAUGUUCACUGCGGGCUGCGAUACGUCGGAUGAGCGGAGACGAGCGGAUAUUCUGGAGAGGAUCAAGGGGAUGGAGUUGGUCGGCAUGACGCAGAUCCAUAAAGCUCGCGCGCUCAUGCAGCGAGUAUGGGAGACGGGGAAACCUUGGGAGACUCUUGUGGCUGGGGAAUUCUUUGGCUGA